AUGUCAAAGGGUGUGCCCAUGGCUGUAGAUGACCUCGACACUACGCAUGCGGUUCAGCCCGAGCGCGCUGUCGCAGACGCGUCUACAGCUACUGUGUUGACCCCGGCAAGUGUCCAGUACUGUAGAGAAGCUUCGCCUCUGGUUCUGAUACCCGUCAAGGCCCAUCAGACACGAGAUGAAAACAACCUUGACGAGGAUGCGAAUCAAGGUGGCAGCAUGCAAGAAGGACGAGACGACGAGUCUAUGGCCAGCGCGCACGGCGAGGUGGAGAUUGUAGACGAUUCGGCCCUUGUGGAGAAAGAGGCGGCGACAGAGCUUGCCGAGGGAGAAGAUGCAUUGGAGAUGUUGGACAUCAAGGAGUCUAUCAAGAGCGCCUUUGCAGCAUGCGAGUCCGGGUUUCAGGGGACGUACGCGACCUGGCAGAAGUACCCGUCCGCGCCAAAUCCCUGCAUGGACAUUGACGGAUUAGGUCUUCUCGGGUUACCUCUUUCAACGACGGAGGCCGGGAGGUUACGUGUGCGAUGCAACCCCGCCGCCUUUGGUAAAGGAGAACGCACAGUCAUCGACACCAGUGUUCGUGAUACAUCCGAGCUUGACGGCGCUCAUAUUCGCUUUCUUAAUCCGCUCUGGGAUACUUGGGUGGAAGAAGCUGUGUUGAAGGCUUGCGAACAGCUUGGCGUGACAGGCAAGCGGGUCCGUCAUGAGCUGUACAAACUCUUGCUGUACGAGACCGGUUCACAUUUUCAUAUGCAUCAAGACACCGAGAAGAGCCCCGGCAUGUUCGCUACUGUCGUCAUCGUACUACCGUCUCCACACGAGGGAGGUUCUGUCCACGUCAAGCAUGGUCGCCAGGAGAAGAUGCUGGAUGCGAGCGGGGAAGAUAUUGCUACGACGUCCGUUUUGGCGUGGUAUACUGAUGUCUUUCACGAAGUGAAGCCCGUUACGAAGGGCUUCCGACUGGCGUUAGCAUUUAACCUCAUGCAUACCGGCGUUGAUGUGCCCAUCCCUCGAGCGCCCGCCUUCGAUACUGUGUUUCAGGAGCUGGAAGAAGCUCUCUCUGCAUGGCAUGCCAGGGACGUCCUCGGUUAUACCUGUCCCAAGAGGCUCAUCUAUGUCUUGUCGCAUCACUACUCGCAGGCAAACGUAUCUUUUGUACACCUCAAGGGCGUCGACAGCACACUCGUCAAUCUCCUGCGAGAAGUAGCAGAGCAAAGAGGAUUCUGUGUUGUGCUGGGGCAUCUCACAUACUGUGUCGGUGGCAUGGCGGAUGACGAUUAUGGUGGGCGCUGGGGCAACAACGAUGUAUCAAUGGGCGAAAUCAACGAUACCGUCCUGAGCCUUCAGCUCAUCUCGGGUACGACCGGCAUCAACAUUGGGCGAUCGCAAGAGAUUGAAGCCCGCUAUGAUGGUGACUCUGACUACGACGAAGAGGAGGCUGAUGAGGCCGAACUCCUCAUCGAUAAAGAGUACUGGGAUAGCCAGCGACCGGACAAAAAGGAUUACGAGGGGUAUCAAGGAAACGGUGCCGGUAGCCUUGAACUAUUCUAUCAUCGAACGGUUGUGGCUAUCUGGCCCGCAUCCCAGAAUAUCUCGGUAGUUACGUCCGUGGGUGGACGAGACAUUGCCAUUGUUGAAUUGAAGAAGUGCGCAUCGUCGCACCCGACAACGACAGACCUGAGCAACGUCUCUUUGGCAUUGACUUCUGGUACGCCAGACGUCGCAUGUCUCGUCGCUGACCUGUCGAUACGAUGGAACGACCCCGCGCUAUGGCACGACGCUCUGAAGUCCUGCAGGGGCGAGAGCGAUAUUGAGACUCUGGGCAUGCAACGGGUUCAUACUGCCUUGAAGCUAUUCAAGUUUUCUGACAUGCAAUCGGCGCUAGAGGCUAUCGUAUCCAAAACAAUGUCAACUCGCAGACGUCUUCGCUUCAUCGACGAGAUAUCAGCCUGCUUUGACGACGACGAUGCGGAAGCAGCACUAGUGCCGUCCGCAUGGGCGGGAGAAAAGAGACGCUAUAUUCUAUCAUCACUGCGAACGCCAGAGCUCGACGACAUUAGUCCCAUGGUUGAACUCGUCAUAUCCUUUCCCGAUGCAGCGAGUUUCUUCUGCGAUACGGUACUUCCUCAGCUCCAAGCGCUGAAUCUUUCUUAUGCAUGGUGGAUGACAUUCGCUGACAGCUUGAGAACGUCCGAAGGCGCUGCUGCCUCUCUUUCGACUUGGGAGUCGUCUGUCUUUGCAAUUUCAAAAAAGAUCUUCGAAAGGACACUUUUGCAUUUGCCAUCUAAUAAAGCACGCUUCGCGCUUCUUGACGAGCUGUCGCGUUCGUGGUCGUCACUCAAUGAAGCUAUUGUCUGGGUGAACGAGACUAGGGAGUGGGCGAUCCAGAACAUCACCUGCCCUACCGCCGAUGAUGUGGACCUCAUUGUGUCACUCGUGCGCACGAGACGGGAUUUCUUCUCCACAAUUCUAUGCCCGACACUGCAACGGGUGGAUUACGUAGAUCAGUUCUCACCAGGACUUAUCAACCAACUUCAGCAGGUACAUCGGGAAGAUGGCAGCUUGCUUCCAGAAGACUGGGCCACUGUUGUCGCGGACGCCCUCCGCUCACCCCUCUCGAGAGCGCAAGUGCAAGCAACUAGCAAUGAUCAAGUGUUCACAAUGCUCGAUCAUCUAGCGAACGUCGGUCAAGAUCUUGAAGCUCUGAAGCUCGUCAUUCGGGAACAAAAAUGCUACGCUAUGCGUAAUCUCAAGAAGCCAGCUGCCGAAGAGCUCCCGCUGCUGAUAAACGAGCUCAAGGAUGAUAUUGCUUGCCGCACAUUGCUCGCUCCUCAAUUCCGGAAUCACAAACUAGACCUAAACAUCUGGGAAGGCAUCGUGAAGAUGUUACGCGAUCGUUCCGACGAGUAUAUCAAGGCAGGUUGGAGUCGCGAACAACUGCAUGCGCUCUGCGGGGAUCUCGUUCUUGAGGCAGUAUCGUCCACGAAGUUCCCGCCUGAGUUGCCUCAACAUCCGCAGCCAGCGAGGUCCGCAUAUCUCCAAGAACCAAGUGGCGAUCCUCGAUACUCGCAGCAGGCGGUGACUAUGUCGUCACAUACCAUCAAGAUGCUAUUGUGGAUCUGUCUACGCGCGAAGCACCGAGAGAUGGCAGUGCAUGUUUUUCGCAAGGUUUUCACAACGUGCACGACAGCGGAUUCGGUGAGGUCGAUCGUGAAAGCACUCGUACCGACAGUUUUGUCCGUGCUCCAAAGUUGGAAGGUGGCCAUGGACGCUCCACCCUUCGACCAAUUCUUCCGUGAGAGUAUUCGCUCGUUCAUCAUAUCCAUUGUUGGCAAGAAACCGGACGCCCACGACAACGCACAAUGGGCGAGGACCCUUCGGUCAAGUUGUACCUGCGGCGACUGUACCUCAAUCAAUCACCAGAUCGCGAGCUCGCAGAAGCAGACUGUCUGGAGAGCAAGCCAGAGCCGACGGGACCACGUUGAGCGCCAGCUUCGUGGCAUUCGCGAGUUGAAACUGAGUACGGCCUAUGGCGGAAGAGGAAGAAUGUCCGAAUUGAUUAUCACGAAGCGCCUCGACGAGUACGCGCCACUCGCUCUCUGGUCGAAGAGGAGCGCCGAAGGAAUGCAACUACUGCGACAACUCGGUCAGGAUGCGACAAUUCGUAGCGUUUAUGCAUCCGUGCCAGGUCAAUUGGAGACCGUCGUUGCCUGUCUUCAAGGAAACGCUGCCCCAUCAGCCCUCAGCGCAGCGGCCUUCAUGACACCCCCGAGCCAGCCGGCCUCGAACGCGGCGACUGGAGCUGGUCCCCAACCCGCUUCAUCAGCGGUGAGUUCGCUAGAAGUGGCGGCAGGAUCUACAGUGCCUCGCAAGCGCAAGGCGCCGCCUCCAAAUCCGGAGGAUGUUAUCGAAAUCUCGGACUAG